AUGGACACCAGCGUCUGUGCCUGGUUACUGCUGCUGCUGUCCUUGCCACAGGGACAGAGCCACCAGCUUCUACAGCGAUCCAAGAGAAGAUGGGUUCUAACCACUCUGGAACUGCAGGAGGAAGACCCAGGGCCCUUUCCUAAACUGGUUGGGGAGCUCUUCAAUAAUAUGUCAAAGAAUGUGUCGCUGAUGUAUUUAAUCAGAGGACCUGGUGUGGAUGAAUUUCCAGAGAUUGGUUUAUUCUCUAUAGAAGAUCACCAGAGUGGAAAAAUAUACGUUCACCGCCCCGUGGAUCAAGAAAUGACACCGUCUUUUAUGGUUUACUUUGAUGCGGUGGAUCGAUCCACAGGGAAAGUUGUGGAUGAAUCCCUGAUUUUCAACAUUAGAAUCAGAGACGUGAAUGAUCACGCGCCCCAGUUUCCUGAGAAGGAAUUUAGCAUCACUGUGAAGGAGAGCCAAGCCGCAGGUCAACCUAUUUUUCAGUUGUUAACGGUCGAUUUGGAUCAAGAAAACACUCCGAACUCUGAAGUCCUUUAUUUCCUCGUCUCUCAAACGCCAUUACUGAGGGAAAGUGGCUUUCAGAUUGAUCUCAUCAGCGGGGAAGUGCGACUCUCGGGAUGCUUGCAUUAUGAGACUGCUCCUCGGUUCACACUGAUCAUCAGAGCAAGUGACUGUGGAGAGCCGUCCCUGUCAUCCACAGCCACCAUUCACAUCAGUGUGGAAGACAGCAACAACCACAUGCCCACCUUUACAGAAGACCAUUAUACGAUUCAGAUUUCUGAAGGUCAAGUCGAACCGGACGUGUUGUAUCUCCCUGUUCACGAUGGAGACUCUCCAUUUACACCAGCGUGGAGAACACAGUUCAACAUAUGGGAUGGCAACGAGGAGGGGCAUUUUGACAUCACGACUGACCCUGAGACCAACCAAGGGUUAUUAAGUAUUAUCAAGCCUUUGGAUUAUGAAACCCAAGUGGCCCACAACCUCCUUAUUGUUGUGGAGAAUCAGGAGCCGCUCUUCAAUUGUCAGGAGGGCCAGCUGCAGCCGUCGAGGAAGGCGAUGGCCAGCACCACCGUGAGCGUGCAGGUGCUGGACACCAAUGACCCACCAGCCUUUCACCCUAGGAGCUUCAUCGUCAGUGAGGCGGAUGGAGCCCGGCCUGCCAUCCAGCUGGGAUAUUUCAAUGCUACAGACCCAGACAGGGCCGACAGCCAGAUAAGAUACGAACUGGUUCAUGAUCCAGAAAAUUGGGUGACCGUGGAUGAGAAGUCAGGAGAGGUCACCACCAAGAGGCAAAUAGACCGGGAGUCCCCUCAUGUGAAUGGCAGCUUCUAUACAAUUGUCGUCCAUGCCGUUGACAAUGGCCUCCCCCCACUGACUGGCACGGGGACUCUGAUGCUUUUCCUGUAUGAUGUCAACGACAAUGCUCCAAUUCUCCAGCCCCAUUCCCGACACUUGGAGAUCUGUGAGUCGGCUGGAAACAAGGCCCUGCUGUUGGAAGCCGAGGAUGCAGACCUGGACCCCUACGCUGGCCCCUUUACUUUUGAUUUGGACUCUGACCAGGGAGAUGUGGGAGAGAUUUGGAUGCUGAGGAUAAAGCAGGAGGAAGGCCACUCUGCUGAACUCAUAAUGCGGAGAAGCCUCCCGCCCGGGGACUACCUGGUGCCACUCUUCAUAGGAGACAGACAGGGCCUCACCCAGAAGCAGACAGUCCACGUGAGGAUCUGCUCCUGCCCCAGUGGAUCUGACUGUGAGGAGCAUUCAGAACCUGGGCUCCUGUGGUGGGCGCUGUCCCCAGUCUGUGCAGCACUCAUGGCUCUGUCAGCCGCCCUCCUCGGCCUGCUGCGGUGCUACUGCGUGUUUGGACCCAAGAGGCUCAGAGGCUUCAUCCCAAGUGACAGUGGCCACCAGACACUGAUUGUGUCUAAUGAGGAAACCAAAGCCCUUUCAGCCCAGGGUUGUGGCAUGUUCUUUGAGCCAAGAGGAGCGAAAAACUUAACUUCCACCCGAUCUAUCUGGAGCGCAUGGUGUCCAUACAUCCCCUGCAGCUGACGGAAGGAAGGGUGGUGGAGAUGUGGAGCCAGAAGCUCCAGGGUGUUGAUGUUCUGGAAGGUGACACUGGCGACCUGCCUCAUGUGUACAGAGAGGAGGGAGAGUGUGAAGGAGCUGAGUCCCUCAGCUCUCUGACCUUCUUGGAGCAGGACCUCUCCCCUGAAUUGCUGGACUCUUCAGGCUCAAAGUCUACUCCACCUGAAGCAAUGUGUUUUACAUCAAGAGUUCCUUCAUAA